AUGGAGACUCUGAAGAGCGGUGGAGAGACGUAUUCGACACCAGAAGCUCUUGCAUUGGCAUGGAAACAGCGCCUUGCAGCAGUGAAAAUCAAAUGGAAGCUUGAGAUAGCUACACGAGACCUCGUCGCUGUUCUCAAUCAAAAAGUUGUACCUCCACGCUAUGACAGGCCAUUGGAAUUCUUCAUCUACCUUGACAAAGCACACACUCUGACAGAAGGCAAACUUACCCAAGCCAUUGGUAGCCCUCCUUCCUGUGCUCUGGACAUCUUCAAUACUGUCUUGGGAUGGCUAGUGGGGUUUCCAUUCUUCACAAUAUACAUAUCCACAACCAAUCUUGAGCCAGCUGCUAUGCCUUCCAUUUCUUACGGGCCUGUGUCUCGUCAGGAACCCCUCAAUGCCCAUACUCCAUUCACUGAGCUCCCCUUUGACGUAUUCGCACAUGAUGUCAUGGGGUAUCUUGGUGCUCUAGGAGGAGGACGCAUUUUCCUUGAAGACACGCAUAGUGAACAAUACCUGAGAAAGUUCAGAUGGAACAGCCACUGUCUCGAAAACUACCCCAAUAAAUACUGGAUCCAAGAUGAACUAAGCGCCAGGCAGACCAUCAGAGGUCGAAAGGAUCUCCUUUAUGCAUGUGUGGGCCUUACUGUCCAGUUCGACUUUGACCACGGGCAAUCCAUGAUCGCCAAGUACCCAUCAGAACCCCUCCUCAUCAAAACAGCAUCCCAACUAUUCCCAGGAGGUCAACUGAAAACAUACAUCCCACACGCACUCAACAAGGCAGAUUCAGAGGCCCACGGUCACCCAGUUCCCGUUCUGGUCUUUCUCAACCACAUGUUCAACCAGAAAUGGCAAGACUCCAUCUUGAGCAUCCGGCCUGUCGGUGAUGAACACGGACCCCCUCUCCACGAAGCAUUCAAGGAUGUCUAUGUCAAUUUCACCCAUUUCGCUGCAGCUGGCGACAGCAAGGUCAUCCAGUACCUGCCCCAUGUGAUGCUUCAGUUCUUGAUGUACGGCUGCUGCUCUAUGAACUCUGUCGACUUGAUCACUGUAAUGCACCAUGAUUCUCUCCAGAAUCCUCUCUGCGAUAGCUCGAUGUCUCAGCUGGCUUUCCAGAUUCAAAACUACUGUUAUGCCGGCUCGAAGGGACCUUCCUGUGCUGUCGUUGCUUAUGCAGUUGGGGAUCGAGGAUAGGUCAAGGCAUCGGGUCGAGUCAUUCAUACCAGGAGGGCACACCGAGAGCAUCCAUCGGAAGCAUUAUCAGAUUAACGCUGUCAGAUGUUCUUCCGAGGUUUUCACUGUGA